AUGGACAACCAAACCUCUAUCAAAUAUUUCCAGAUUUUGGCAUUUUCCAGUCAUGUAGAAAACCAUCGUCUCCUGUUCGCCAUAUUUCUUGUAAUUUAUGUGACGGGGCUAUUGGGGAAUCUGGUGAUACUUAUAGCCGUGUUUGUGGACUCACACUUACACACCCCCAUGUACUUCUUUCUGUGCAAUCUCUCCUCGUUGGAUAUCAUUUUCACCACAGUCACACUUCCCAAACUCAUGGAUAUUCUAUUAUCAGGGAGUAAUGUGAUAUCAUUUUCAGAAUGCUUCAGCCAACUGUAUUUUUAUGUAUUUUUGGCUAGUACUGAGGAUAUAUUAUUGUCCUCCAUGGCUUAUGAUCGUUAUGUGGCUAUUUGCAGCCCUUUACAUUACCAGCUUAUCAUGCACAAUAGAAAAUGUGUUCUCAUUUUGUUAGGCACCUGGAUGUCGGGAUGUAUGAAUUCAAUCUUCAUGACGGUUUUGAUAUCCAAUUUAACGUUAUGCCGUUCUAACAAGAUCCAUCACUUUUUCUGUGAAAUCAAAGCUUUGGAAAAAAUCUCCUGCAACAACUCAGGGUUCCACAUUAUUAUUUACGUAGAAACCCUGCUCCUUGGAGUCUUCCCAUUUCUGCUUAGCUUAACUUCCUACAUCAAGAUAAUAAGAGUCAUCUUAAGCAUAAAGUCCAAGAACGGUAGAAGAAAAGCCUUUUCAACUUGUACGUCUCACCUCACCGUCCUCAUUAUUUUCUAUGGGACAGGUCUAUGUAUGUACGUAAAGCCACCUUUAGAACAUCUAGAAGAACAAGACCAAGUGUUCUCCGCACUGUAUGCAGCAGUAACCCCGAUGGUGAAUCCUUUAAUAUAUAGUCUCAGGAAUAAGGACGUAAAUGGAGCUCUGAAGAGAAUUGUUAGGUCCAAUAAGCAACUUGUGGUGAUUUAA